AUGUCAGAUCAGGGCCCUUCAGACUCCAGAGAUAGCGAUGCAGCUGCUUUGUUGAUGUUGUUCCAAAGCCAGCCUCAAAGACUUCCUCAACCUGAAGAGCAAAAUGUGGAACCUGAGCGGAAAGAGGAGAGCGAUACGGCAAGAGCUCAACUGCAAGAUCAAGAAAAUGGCCAGCCGAAAGAGCCACAAGAAGAGUUUAAGUUCGUUAAAAUCAAGGAGUCCGUUCAAACAGCUGAUGUGUCAAAGAACCAAGCUCAAGAUCUACAAAAAGACCCAGCUUUAGAAGCUGCUUUCCAGCCUGCUUCGGCAGCCCUGUCUUCUUCAGCUUCCUCUUCAUCUUCAUCCAGCUCUUCCUUGAAUGACUCAACAGAUUCUACACCAUCUGUGCCGAAUAAUUCUAAGCAAAGAAAAAGCCCGCCCCUGCAACAGCGAAACAACCCCACUUCCAAUUCGCCUGGCCCAGCAGCAGCUGCUUUGGCUACAAGCAACAAUUCUAACAUAAAGGCUGUUGUUGCUGCUGCCGCUCUGGCUGCUGCCGCUGCCACUCCGAUGCCAUUGAUGAAUUAUGGGAGCAAGACUUCUGAGACAGAAGAUGUUCCAGUGGGUGUUCCAGUGGAUGCUCCUGUCGAAGCAGUGGCUAUAGAGACCGAAAUUGCGGAAGUAAAGAUUGUGGAUAUACCGCCAGAGCCGCUGACAUCUGAAACGGAUGUCCUGAAAACUUCUGAAGGUGAAAGUGUGAAAUCUCCCGAGGCUGUUUCGUUGCAAGCAGCUCCAUCACCAGAGAGAAAAGUUGAAUUUUCAGUUCCCGUUGAGGAGACUCCUAUUGAGACAAUCAUCCCGGAGAAGAAGGAGAAGAGGGCCAGAAAUGUGCGAACCGUCAAAGCUGACGAGUCCAGCAAUGAUGAUGUCACCUACCGCGUUGAUCCAGAUGCUGGCAUUAUCGGAUGCGCGUGUGGAUACGAUUACGAUGACGGCUUCACGAUCCAGUGUGACCGCUGCUACAGGUGGCAGCAUGCGAUCUGUAUGAACAUCAACACUGCUGCAGAGGCUCCAGAAGAGUAUCUAUGCUAUUUGUGUGACAAAACCAGGGAUAUAGAUCCGACGGAGGCCAAAAAGAAACAGCAGUACUUUUUUCAGCCCAAACGCAAACGCAGCAACAAUAACCUAGACUCAAACGAGGAUCAGAGAAAGAAGCAGGCAACCUCCAAGAAUGGCGAGCAGACUCCAGCAGGUCCUACUGGUUCCGGCCCAAAAGAGAGAAAGCCAUCAAACCCAAGGGUAAGCAAAUCAGGGAAGAACAAGAAGAUAGAAGAAGACGAGGAGGGAGAUGUAGACAUUUCUGUCUCUGGAUAUCAGGCUUUCUACUAUCCCAUCGUGUCAAAUGGGUACAAGAGCUUGGAUAUUAGGAAUUUCUGUGAUAAACUGCCUACUCUGCUGGCUUUUGACGGUGGUGUCAAAUCGCUGAACAAAGCUCAGUAUAAGAAGAUGACUACUCCAUCUAAGUUCAAGAUACACGUGAAGACUUUCUCGGAGAGCUCAAAGCAAAAAUUUAUGGGCAUAUCCAGACUGGGGUUAUUUACUGGUGGAGCAGCCGAAAAAGGGGACAUCAUUCUGGAGCUCCUAGGCGAACUCGAAUUCAAACAAGAGUAUACCGAUGACACAAGAAAUCACUACCGCAUUUGGGGAUGUCCCAAGCCGAAGGUGAUUUUCCAUCCAACACUGCCUAUUGCUUUUGACUGUCGAGGUCUUGGAAACCUUUCAAGAUUUAUUCGGAAGAGCUGUAUUCCGAACUGUGAAGUGGUCACCUUCAACGUUGGCGGUUCCAUUAAGUUUGGAAUUGCUGCUACGAAAGCUUUAAAAUCAGACACGGAACUGACAUUGCCUUGGGAAUGGGAUGUUGAUCAUCCCAUCAGACUCAUAGCAUCGGGCAAAUCAUCUUUCGACUCCCUCGGUGCAACCGAGAAACAGUUGUUGAUCGAUUCGGUGGAAAGCAUACUCGCAUCGUGCGAAUGUGGGUGUAGCUCUACGGGAGAUUGUUCUCUCUACAAGGUAAGGAAGGCCAGCUCUUAUUUGCUGCGUUCGACUAGAAAAAGUGGAACUUCUGCACCUGACGAAACUGAAAGAGAUUCGUCUUCGGUUUCUACCUAUAUGCCCAUCCAUGAGAGACUACAGGCUCGUGAUACUGCAAUAUCAAAGAAAAUUGAAGAAAGUGGCUCCAGAUCCAUCGGAGUGACUAACUCUUCCGAGGAAUCGUCUCCAAGGGAGGAUGCCGAGACGGGAUCAGAGGAACUCCAGUUCUUUGUACAGAAGAGAAAGUUUGGAAAGAACCUACUGGGAGGUUUGAAUGCCGAUAUGCUUCCGCACCGGUACAGGAUGGUUCUUAAGUCUCGGAAUGCAAAGGAGUCAGACGAGGAUACCGCCCCAUCUUCGGAUUCCCCUCAUUCUCCGUUGGACGAUUUGCCUGUUCCAGUCGACGUGAACACCCUUGCGUUCAAGACGGUCCAGCUCAUUCCAAUGGAAGAUCUGGUCAAGGGUGAAAAUGCUAAUAUCAAGACCGAGCCUAUGGUUGCGAUUUCGGCUGCAGCCACUACAAAUGCUCCUCCACCGGCCUUGGAAACUAGCGCUCAGCCGAAGAAGAAGCUCAGUUUGGCAGACUACAAGAGGACCAAGAGCGUUAAUAAGUGA